AUGCACAGUUCAAGUUUAACUUGUAAUUCCUGGAGUCUAAUUACUAAUGUAAACCCUUUGAUACUAAGCAAUAUGCAAGAGCUACCCAGCUGUCCCGCUGAGCUGAAUGGAGGAUUUCAAAUUAUGCAACUCUACAACGGAAAAACAGAUGAAAUGUGCUUUUUCAACAAUGACAAUGAUACAGCCAUAUUCGAGUCGGACUGCUUAGGAAUGGAGGGUCUUAUUGUACAACUACCACUACAAAGAAACUGCUCCUUGAGGAGUAAGAAAUCAGAAAUUGGGCUGGACCGGCUUCGCUUUCUUUGCUACAGUGCUCCGUGGAAGGAUAAUCAAUUUACAUAUUUUAUAGUCAAAGGACAAAAUGUUGGAAGAAAAGUAUCCCAUGACAGCAAAGCGUCAGUCUUUCUUUGUGCUAGGUUUCAGAGAGCCGAUGCAAAGGGAAAAAAUAGAGAGAUUCAAGUGGAAUGUUUUGACCAACCAACAUGUUGGCGAAAUUUGUCAGCCGCGUCAAUUUUCCUAAGAAUACAAAUCAGGAAAAGGAUGACUUUUGACCAACCAGCGAGGGAUCCAUCUGAGGUGAAUAAAACGCAAUGCACCUUCCCAAAAAACCUUCAAGGAAUUUGGAGAGAAAAAUCUCAACAGAAUAAGCUGCAGAUGAUGGUUAUAAACGAGACCAUGGUUGAUAUUUCUCCUUAUGGCAGGUUCCACUGCAAGGAUCGGUAUUUCUUCCAGCACCAGGCUCCGUACAAAUGCAGUUCAGUAGUGACCGAGAAGUGGCCUGGUACUGGGCGCGCAAGAUUCCACUUGAACGAUUAUUUGCUGUUGUCAAAUUUCUCCAAUGGCUGUCGCUCAAGAAUCACACGCUUUGGCGUCACUGAAGCAAUCGGAAAUGAGGUGUUGAUUUACAGACUUUCACAAAGUGUACCUGUAGAACGCAAAGUGAAAAAUUCUGACGUAUACUUUAAGUAUCAUAUUCUGAAACAGUUCUGCUCGAGUUGGAUUCCGUAUAUAAAAGAUCCUUAUCCUAUUUGGGGUCGAAAUAUCGAAAAAAUCGCCAUGAAAAAUCCAACCAGAAUCAAACGGCCUUGUUUACUUCCAGCUCUUGGUAAAGGAAUCUACCAUUUUAAGUCGAUGUACGCUGACCAGGAUGAGUGCAGUGGACCAUCUUCGCGUCUCCAGUUUGGAUGCGACAGUUUCAUUAACAUUUAA